GAAAAACCAAACAGCUGUUUACUCUUUAUUAACUUCGGACAUUUAUUUAAUUGCGUUUCGUUUGUUUUGAAUGAAAAAAAAACAUGGUUAAAUUAUAUCAUCUAGCAAUUUUAUAUAAACGUGAAAAUAAUUCAGUAAUAUCAUUAAAACAUGCAUCCGAUCUAUCAUCAUUUGGUUUUUUUCAACGUAAUACUGUUGGUGAAUUUAUACGGUUUACAGCUAAAAUGAUUGUUGAACGUUCAGAAUUAUCCACUCGAUCAUCAGUACAACAACAAGAAUAUUUAUGUCAUUGUUAUAUACGUUCAGAUCGUUUAGCUGGUAUUGUUAUUUCUGAUCAAGAAUAUCCAUAUCGUGUUGCACAUACAUUAUUAUCAAAAAUAUUAGAAGAAUUUACUGAAACAGUACCAUCAAUAAAUUGGCCAACAAUGAAUGAUGGACAAGCACCAUAUCUUAAAUUAGAUCAAUAUUUACAACGUUUUCAAAAUCCAAAAGAAGCUGAUGCAAUGACCAAAUUACAAACUGAAAUUGAUGAAACAAAAGUUAUAUUACAUGGUGCUAUUACUGGUCUAUUAGAACGUGGUGAAAAAUUGGAUGAUUUAGUUGAAAAAUCUGAAGUAUUAUCCACACAAUCAAAAUUAUUUUAUAAAACUGCACGUAAAACUAAUCAAUGUUGUCAAUAUUAUUGAAAUUAUUCAAACAACAACCACAAAAGACAUUUAUUGACCAA